GGUCUUUAUUCUAUGGUUGAGUCGUAGGAUUGGUACGUUGACAAGAGAGACAUACAAUUGUUGCGAUCGUUGGUGUAGUGUGACUCAUGUGUGACACUACAGUGUAAAAUGGAGUCGAUUCUUGAAGACUACGUGAGCGCGACAGAUCUGAAACAUUACGAAGAGCAAUAUCAUGAAGAAAUGAAAAAUGGCGAAGUGGACACAAAGACGCAGUUCGAGUACGCUUGGUGCCUCGUCAGAAGCAGAUACCCUGCUGACAUACGGCGUGGUGUGCUGUUGAUGGAACAUUUAUUUCACCAUGGCAAUGCUGAAGCCAAGCGAGAUUACCUUUUCUACCUGGCUGUCGGGAGCACCAAGCUUAAGGAGUACGCCAAGGCAUUGAAAUUCAUCAAGGCAUUCCUUCAUGUUGAGCCAGCCAACAGGCAAGCACAGGAACUUGAAGCAACUAUUAAAAGCCGGAUGAAGAAAGAAGGCAUAAAGGGCAUGGCUAUUGUUGGUGGAGCUGCUCUUGCUGUUAGCGGGCUUGUCGGUCUUGGAAUCGCCUUGGCCAAGAGGUAGAUGACUUCAUUCCUUCCCAGUUUUCUCUGCAAAUUAUCGACCCGAAAACAGUGUUAUUUUUUAUGCUGUAUGAAGUGUGCAAAUAAAGUCACCAGUAUAAUCUGA